UGCCCCUCCCCUGAUGUGGGACAGGCUGGCGUCAUGGCGACGGGGUAAACAGACAAUAACAAGAGCCUCGGAGCGCGCCUCGGACCAGAGGACAGACGGAGACAGACGCAGGAGGACGUGAGACAUCAAGGAGCUCAGGAGUCAUCUCAUCAUGGCGGUCAGUUCGGACGCGGAGCCGCUCUUUGUGGCCUUCAAGAAGUUCUCCGUCUACGGAGACACGAAGGCGAGCGGCAGGGAGCUGACUGGGAAGGCCUGGGCCAAGCUGUGCAAGGACUGCCGGGUCAUCGACGGGAAGAGUGUCACCGGCACCGACGUGGACAUCGUCUUCUCCAAAGUGAAACAGAGGUCGGCUCGGGUCAUCACCUACAAGGAGUUCCAGCAGGCACUGGACGAACUGGCUCCCAAGAGGUUCAAAGGUCAAAGUAAAGAGGCGGCGCUGCAGUCCAUUCAUAAGCUGGUGGAGGGCCAAGAGCCGACCAACGUCGGGGUGACGAAAGUGGCGAAGACGGCAACGGUGGACCGUCUGACUGACGCGUCCCGCUACACCGGCUCCCACAAGGAGCGCUUCGACGGCAGCGGCCGGGGUAAAGGCCGCGAAGGCCGCCAAGACCUGGUGGAGCACACGGGCUACGUGAACGCGUACAAGGACGCCGGAACGUACGACAGCAAGGUGAAGGACUCUGACAAAUGAGGAGACGCCCCCUGCUGGAAGCUCAGAGGAAAUCCUCUGAGACUGGACCAAACCCUGCCUGGAUGGAGCUGAACAGAACUCCAGGAAUUAAUAAACAACAUUUAGAGCUUCUAGGUUAUUGUUUCACAUCGUCUCCUUCCUGUGAUAAACUUCACAUAUGAUGGAGUUCAUGAAAAUAUGAUUUAUUAAAUCACUGUUAGAUUCCUGAGCUGAAUAGAAAAUAUUGAGUUGGAGAAAAAAACAUUUUACAUCAUAUAAAUUAGAAGGUCAAAAAUCUAAAAAAUUAAAUAUUCCAAGAGGAAAUUAUUUAUUCUGGUAGAAAAAAAAGUCCAACAGCAACAAACAUUUUACAGGUGUGUGGCGCCCCCUAGUGGCAGAGAUAAGCUGCUACAGGUUAAUCCAUUUUACACUAAAGAAGACAUUGAACUCAAACAUUUUAAUGCUGUCAGAUAAUUCUAUCUUUGCUCAUUUUUUUGUGAAACAUUGUUUAAUUUAGAAGAAAUAACCAGAUUCUGGGUUCAUCCAGAUCUUUACUGGAAUCUUUAUCGAAAUAAUUGUGUUUGAAAAGUAAACUAAAUGCAACUACUCAAACAAUGAAAAAUCUGUAAGUGUUUCAGUAAAAACGCUUCAAUAACACGGAAUGUUAAAUCUGCUCCAUUUCCAUCAGUCCAACUAAAACCCAAUAAUGAAGAAAUGAAACAAAAUGAAAACCUGAAAGCAGAUGAAGGUCCAGAAGCUCUGACUGACGUCCAGGAAACCAGCAGACUGCCUUAAGCGAUCCAGUCCACCUUAAGCGAUCCAGUCCACCUUAAGCGAUCCAGACCACCUUAAGCGAUCCAGUCCACCUUAAGCGAUCCAGUCCACCUUAAGCGAUCCAGACCACCUCAAGCGAUCCAGACCACCUUAAGCGAUCCAGUCCACCUUAAGCGAUCCAGACCACCUUAAGCGAUCCAGUCCAACUUAAGCGAUCCAGUCCACCUUAAGCGACCCAGUCCACCUCAAGCGAUCCAGACCACCUUAAGCGAUCCAGACCACCUUAAGCGAUCCAGUCCACCUUAAGCGAUCCAGACCACCAUUAGUGAUCCAGACCGCCUUAAGUGAUCCAGACCGCCUUAAGUGAUCCAGUCCACCUUAAUCAAUCCAGUCCGCCUUAAGCGAUCCAGUCCACCUUAAGCGAUCCAGUCCACCUCAUGCCAUCCAGACCGCCUUAAGGGAUCCGGUCCACCUCAAGCGAUCCAGACCACCUUAAGCGAUCCAGACCGCUUUGAGCGAUCCAGUCCACCUUAAGCAAUCCAGUCCACCUCAUGCCAUGCAGACCGCCUUAAGCGAUCCAGACCACCUUAAGCGAUCCAGACCACCUUAAGCGAUCCAGUCCACCUUUAGUGAUCCAGACCGCCCUAAGUGAUCCAGACCGCCUUAAGUGAUCCAGUCCACCUUAAGCAAUCCAGUCCGCCUUGAGCGAUCCAGUCCACCUUAAGCAAUCCAGUCCACCUUAAGCGAUCCAGACCACCUUAAGCAAUCCAGUCCACCUUAAGCGAUCCAGACCUCCUUAAGCGAUCCAGUCCACCUUAAGCGAUCCAGUCCACCUCAAGCGAUCCAGACCACCUUAAGCGAUCCAGUCCACCUUAAGCGAUCCAGUCCACCUUAAGCGAUCCAGACCACCUCAAGCGAUCCAGACCACCUUAAGCGAUCCAGUCCACCUUAAGCGAUCCAGACCACCUUAAGCGAUCCAGACCACCUUAAGCGAUCCAGUCCACCUUAAGCGAUCCAGUCCACCUUAAGCGAUCCAGACCACCUUAAGCGAUCCAGUCCACCUUAAGCGAUCCAGACCACCUUAAGCGAUCCAGACCACCUUAAGCGAUCCAGACCACCAUUAGUGAUCCAGACUGCCUUAAGUGAUCCAGUCCACCUUAAUCAAUCCAGUCCGCCUUAAGCAAUCCAGUCCACCUUAAGCGAUCCAGUCCACCUCAUGCCAUCCAGACCGCCUUAAGUGAUCCGGUCCACCUCAAGCGAUCCAGACCACCUUAAACGAUCCAUCCACCUUAAGCGAUCCAGACCGCCUUGAGCGAUCCAGUCCACCUUAAGCAAUCCAGUCCACCUCAUGCCAUGCAGACCGCCUUAAGUGAUCCGGUCCACCUCAAGCGAUCCAGACCACCUUAAACGAUCCAUCCACCUUAAGCGAUCCAGACCACCUUAAGCGAUCCAGACCACCUUAAGCGAUCCAGUCCACCUUAAGCGAUCCAGUCCACCUUAAGCGAUCCAGUCCACCUUAAGCGAUCCAGUCCACCUCAUGCCAUCCAGACCGCCUUAAGUGAUCCGGUCCACCUCAAGCGAUCCAGACCACCUUAAACGAUCCAUCCACCUUAAGCGAUCCAGACCGCCUUGAGCGAUCCAGUCCACCUUAAGCGAUCCAGUCCACCUCAUGCCAUCCAGACCGCCUUAAGUGAUCCAGACCACCUUAAGCGAUCCAGACCGCCUUAAGCGAUCCAGACCACCUUAAGCGAUCCAGACCACCUUAAGCGAUCCAGUCCACCUUUAGUGAUCCAGACCGCCCUAAGUGAUCCAGACCGCCUUAAGUGAUCCAGUCCACCUUAAGCAAUCCAGUCCGCCUUGAGCGAUCCAGUCCACCUUAAGCGAUCCAGACCACCUUAAGCGAUCCAGUCCACCUUAAGCGAUCCAGUCCACCUUUAGUGAUCCAGACCGCCUUAAGUGAUCCAGACCACCUUAAACGAUCCAGUCCACCUUAAGCAAUCCAGUCCACCUCAUGCCAUCCAGACCGCCUUAAGCGAUCCAGACCACCUUAAGCAAUCCAGACCGCCUUAAGUCAUCCAGACCGCCUUAAGCAAUCCAGUCCACCUUAAGCGAUCCAGUCCACCUUUAGUGAUCCAGACCGCCUUAAGUGAUCCAGACCUCCUUAAGUGAUCCAGUCCACCUUAAGUGAUCCAGACCGCCUUAAGUGAUCCAUAAAUCACUGAAUGGUUUAGCACCACAAUACAUUAAAGAUCUGCUGCUGUUGUAUCAACCUUCCAGAACUCUCAGGUUCUGGUUCUGCUCUGCAUCCCCAGAACCAGAACCAAACAAGGAGA